UGUUAUGAGGGAGAUAUACCUCCUGAGGGGAAUCCUGGGAAUUUUCGCUGAGACUUAUAUGUUCAGCCGAGACCCCGCAAGUGUUGGUUCAAGUACAUGGGUCGUUAUCAGCUUUCAGGGCUCCUGCUCUGCAUUGAAUCUUCUCUUGUCCUUUUCUGUAUGGUCAAUUCCCCGCACCGCAAAAGUACGACGCGUAUAAGGGCCCAAAUUUUGGACUAUCAGAGGGUGAUUGCUGGGGCCAAGAGACAUCCAAGCACAGCAGGAUCGAUCAAUGAGAACGGUGAAUUAGAUUUGAGAGUUAUAAUAUGUCGUCUACUACAAUUCCCCGCACACCAAGACUACUUGUGCUACCAACAAUGGUUGGAUAUUUAUCCGGCGAGAUCCAAUGUGAAACUAGUGAUGAACGGCACCCAUUGUCCGAGGUGGGGAAUAGUUGAGCUUGGACGAAGAGAAAGAGGUUCAAAGAUAAGACAGGCAGUGAUUCAUAUUGUAUUACUGCAUGAAGUGCUUUCCUACAUCCAGAUAAUCCCUCCGACAUCAGAAAUCGAUCGCGAUAGGAAACCCAUAUGGAAAAGCCGGGUCAUGGAUCUUCCGCGAGAGCAAUACAAUGAGCUGUCCGAUCGCAGAAUCAAUAGCUUGAGACAUUCGACACAUUGAAUUUGCGAGAAAAAGAAACAGGAAAGUGGCGUCCGACUGUGCGACGAUAUGGUCCCGUGUGGCGGCAGACACGAAUCAGUUCCAUGUAAGAUCUCGACCGUAAAUGAAUAGGAAAGUUUAGCACUAGCGUUGAGCGCGAGGCGGCCGAGUGUGGGGAAAGGAACCUUGAAGCUAAAAGUGAAGCUAAAGGUCAUUACUCUUUCCAGGAUUUCCCCGCACAAGAUCCUCAGAAUGCUGUAGUGGCCGACGCCUACCACCAGAUCCCUUUCAACCGUUGCAAAUCCCGAGCGGAGAUGAUUCACGCUAAUGCACUCGAUGAGUUUUUCCAUCCAUUGCU